AUGAAGAGCGAGCCAGGAAACGAAUUUCUUGAACGGGCCGCGAACCUGUUGAGCCGUGUACCACUCAUAGAUGGGCACAAUGACUGGGCCAACAUUAUUCGGGGGUACUACAGCAACAAAAUUCACGUGCGGAAUUUCUCAAGGGAAGAGAGUCUCGUAGGUCACGUUGACAUCAAAAAACUGCGCAAGGGGCUUGUUGGCGGGACAUUUUGGAGUGCAUAUGUUGAUUGUCCAGCGCAGGACAAGAUCAACGUGUUCAACGAUGACAGCUACCUCGAAACAAUCCGAGAAACAUUGCAACAGAUCGAUCUCAUCCUACGAUUGAUAAAGAAGUAUCCGGACGAUCUUGAGCUCGCAACGACAUCCUCAGGUAUAUUAUCCAGUUUUCAAAAUGGAAAAAUCGCAAGCUUGCUCGGGAUUGAGGGCCUACACCAGAUUGGUAAUAGCCCCAGUGUUCUACGAAUGUUCUAUAAUCUGGGCGUACGAUAUGCUACAUUAACGCACAAUCAUAACAAUGCUUAUGCGGACAGCGCUACUGCGAAAACGCCUGUUCACAAUGGUUUGUCAAUCAAAGGUAGAGCUAUCAUUCAAGAGAUGAACCGGCUAGGAAUGAUAAUCGACCUUUCACACACAAGUGAGCAGACAGCUGAAGACGUGUUGAGACAAACGAGAGCCCCGAUCAUUUUCUCGCAUUCUUCUGCAUUCGGUGUACAUCCUCAUCCCCGUAAUGUUAAGGACAACAUCCUUCACAUGCUAAAGAGCAACAAGGGUCUCAUAAUGAUCAGUUUUGUCCCAGAGUUUUCUUCUGCUGAUCCUGGCCUAUCCUCUCUGAUGGAUGUUGUGAAACAUAUCAUAUACGUCGGAGAGCUUAUCGGUUAUGACCAUGUGGGUAUAGGUUCAGAUUUUGAUGGAAUGGCGAGGGCUGUGUUGGGCCUUUCUGAUACUUCUACGUUUCCACGCCUUGUCGCAGAGCUUAUAGCGAACCAAAUCCCUGAAGGAGAUGUCGAAAAGAUCGUAGGUGGAAAUCUCAUCCGAGUCAUGGGGGAUGUUGAAGCUGUUGCUCACCGCCAAUGCGAGGAUGAUAUACUUGAACUUGAAGAAGAGGUUAAGCCACUAUGGGACGAUGCAUUCAAGGCAAAAAUCGCGGCUGCUUAUCCAGAAGCUCUCGCGCUCAACGCACUCUAA